UCGGCGUGCGCGGUGUGCAGCUCUGCGAGCGCCCCUAAGCGCGGGCCGCGGCGGUGGUAGCUUAGUCAGGUUGUUCUAUGAUGAGGCUUUUGCUAUGGCUAAUGACCCCUUGGAAGGCUUCCAUGAAGUGAACCUUGCUUCACCUACUUCUCCAGACCUCCUUGCUGUGUAUGAACCAGGAACUCAAGAGCAGACUACCUCACCUAGCGUCAUCUACCGGCCACAUCCUUCAGCUUUGUGCUCCACCCCUAUCCAGGCUAAUGCCUUAGAUGUUUCUGACCUUCCUACACAACCUGUGUAUUCCUCCCCAAGACGUUUAAAUUGUGCGGAAAUAUCCAGUGGCAGCAUCCAUGGUACAGAUCCAGCACCUUGUUCUACCUCUGGAGUCACAGCUGGGUUACUUAAACUAACUACAAGAAAGGACAACUGUAGUGCAGAGAGGGAGUUUUUACAGGGUGCUACUAUAACAGAAGCUUGUGAUGGCAGUGAUGAUAUUUUUGGGUUGAGUACUGAUAGUCUGUCCCGCUUACGAAGCCCAUCUGUUUUGGAAGUUAGAGAAAAGGGCUAUGAAAGAUUAAAAGAAGAACUUGCAAAAGCUCAGAGGGAACUGAAGUUAAAAGAUGAAGAGUGUGAGAGGCUUUCUAAAGUGCGAGAUCAACUUGGACAGGAGUUGGAGGAACUCACAGCUAGUCUAUUUGAGGAAGCUCAUAAGAUGGUGAGAGAAGCAAAUGUCAAGCAGGCAACAGCAGAAAAACAGCUAAAAGAAGCACAAGGAAAAAUUGAUGUACUCCAAGCUGAAGUAGCUGCAUUGAAGACACUUGUAUUGUCCAGUUCUCCAACGUCACCUACACAAGAGCCUCUGCCAGGUGGAAAGGCACAUUUUAAAAAGGGCCAUACAAGAAAUAAAAGUACAAGCAGUGCUAUGAGUGGCAGUCAUCAGGACCUCAGUGUGAUACAGCCAAUUGUAAAAGACUGCAAAGAGGCUGACUUAUCCCUGUAUAAUGAAUUCAGAUCUUGGAAGGAUGAGCCCACAAUGGACAGAACCUGUCCUUUCUUAGACAAAGUCUAUCAGGAAGAUAUCUUUCCUUGUUUAACCUUCUCAAAAAGUGAGUUGGCUUCAGCUGUUCUGGAAGCUGUGGAGAACAACACUUUAAGCAUUGAACCAGUGGGAUUACAACCUGUUCGAUUCGUGAAAGCAUCUGCAGUUGAAUGCGGAGGACCAAAAAAAUGUGCUCUCACAGGUCAGAGCAAGUCCUGUAAACACAGAAUUAAACUAGGGGACUCAAGCAACUACUACUAUAUUUCUCCUUUUUGCAGAUACAGGAUCACUUCUGUCUGUAACUUUUUCACAUACAUUCGGUACAUUCAGCAGGGACUUGUGAAACAGCAAGAUGUUGACCAAAUGUUUUGGGAAGUUAUGCAGUUGAGAAAAGAGAUGUCAUUGGCAAAGCUGGGCUAUUUCAAAGAGGAACUCUGAUGUUCUGCCUGGGACCAUCCAUGAACCUCCCUGAAGACUUGGAAAAUAGCUGAAUAUUUUUACGGUUACUUGAUAUUUAUUUCCAAGGAGCGGGUCCAAGACUUUUUCCCUCUUUUGCAGAUUAUACUAAGAAGUACUGUGAUUUCUUUUUAAA